UCGAUCCGCUGCUCAUCCCAGCGCAGUCUUUCGCGAAACGUCGCCCUGACACGGAAUACAAUGAGAGUAUCGCGAGAAGGCCGCGGAUCCUUUUACACAUACGGCUACCUGUCGCUCUGAGCGUUUUAUACAGAGUAUAGUGUGCUGCGUUAGAGUGACUAUAGCUUGGAGCGUUUAAUGAGGGCUGAUGACCCUAAACGUUUAAGUUACCUGUGGUCGAGGUUUUUAGCGUAAAGUACACAAAUUUUGUUUAUAAAUAAAAAACAACUAAGGACUGCACUGCAGAAUCUACUAGUCGAGUAAAUAAAGACAGCGAGCGAGAAGAGGCGCAUUGCGCAAUAGACGAUCCGCGAAUGACCAAUCGAGGCGAUGCAUUAUUCAUGGGCUUUGAGCAUCAGCGCUAAACAAGAGAGUAGAGACGAUGUGGAGAGGAAGAAGAUAGCGAGGAAGAAGAAUAGAACCGAGAUUUUCGACGGAUCGCUGGGAUACGCGACGAGAGUACGAUGUAAUCGACUUUACGGAAUACACGUCGGGAAGACCUUCUGCCAGGCAUGCAAGAAGAAGUGCAGCGGCGAGGUGCUGCGCGUUCAGGACAAGUACUUCCACAUCGGCUGCUUCAAGUGCGCCCAGUGCAACACCAGUCUCGCGCAGGGCGGCUUCUUCGCUCGCGAGGGUGCCUACUACUGCACCAAGGACUACCGAGAACGAUGGGGGACCAAGUGCGCCGGCUGUGGCGAGUACGUCGAGGGCGACGUCGUGACGGCUGGCGAGAAACACGCUUUCCAUCCCAACUGCUUUCACUGCCAAAGAUGCAGACAGCCUCUGCUCGGACAGGGCACUAAAGUCACUCUCGUUCAAGGUCAGGCGUUGUGUCACCGAUGCGUGAGCAUACCCGUGAGGGAAGCCUCGACGCCGGUCAGCAGCGCCGGUAAGGACACUGGAAGCGGAGGUACUGGACAGGAUCCCGGAGCCUGCGCCGGUUGCAGGCAAGAGCUCAGAGAGGGACAGGCCCUGGUGGCACUCGAUAGGCAAUGGCACGUCUGGUGCUUCAAGUGCCACAGCUGCGAUACCGUCUUGCAUGGCGAGUACAUGGGAAAGGACGGUGUGCCUUACUGCGAGAAAGACUACCAGAAGCAGUUCGGGGUGAAGUGCGCAUACUGCAACCGCUACAUCAGCGGCAAAGUCCUUCAAGCCGGCGAGAACCACCACUUCCACCCGACCUGCGCGCGUUGCACCAAGUGCGGCGACCCCUUCGGCGACGGCGAGGAGAUGUUCCUUCAAGGAGCUGCGAUAUGGCAUCCGCGUUGCGGACCAGGACCCACCGGUCCCAACGGUAUCGUCAACGGACACUCCGAGGCCCACACGCCCCAGCAUCGCAGCACCUCGACCGCGGGUGCCAAUACCCAAGACCAUUCCGAGCGCAUUUCCAGCAGCGCCUCGGAGAUGCAGUUUUCAUUGAGGUCUCGCACGCCAAGUCUGAACGGAUCCCUAUGCAGCCCUUACAGCAGUCUGAGUCGCAAGUACUAUCCAGCGAGAACCGGCAGUCCAGGAUUGAUCCUGCGGGAGUACGGCCGAGGCGGCCACGAAAACGUUUCUAGAAUUUACACCUACUCGUAUCUGACCGAGACACCGAGUCAGGGAUAUCUCAGGCGCCCGAUCCAACCCUACGACAAGCCACCCACUAGCCCGCACUUUCAUAGACCAAGCUCUUCACGUUCGAUAAGAAGCAGCGGCGGCCGCAGCAGUCGCUCGGGCAUGCGAGCCCUGGUGGACGCCCUAAGCGAGACGAGGCCAAAGUCGCCGGCGGCUGGCAGCCAGGUAGACAACGACGAGCCGAUCGAACUCGCCCACUAUCCCGACGCCUCGAAGCCGCCACCCGGCAAGCAGCCACCUAUCGAGAGAGAUGACUUUCCAGCUCCGCCUUAUCCCUACACGGAUCCCGAGAGACGCAGGCGCUGGUCGGACACCUACAAGGGAGUACCAGAUUCGGAGGACGAGGAUGAGGUAGAUCAAAAGUCCAUUAAGGAGGUGGAGCAGAAGCUGAAGAAAGAGCAGGACGAAUUGAGCAAGAUAGACACGGGUAUAGCCAAGGUGUUUCUACAGGACCGUGAGAAAGACCGGGAAAAUCUCAGACACAAGGCGGCGAACGUCGACCCGAGAAACGCUUCCAGAACCCCGUCUGCCAACCGCGAGCCGGCUUACAGACUUCGCUACGAAAGUCCAGUUGGUGCCUCGCCAUCGAGAAACAUCGACCACGCACGACCUUGGGAAGACGAAGAUGGAAUAAGUUACAGAUCUAGCGUAGGACCGAGUUAUAACGCCGGUGGCAGGUCGUCGACGCGAUCCCCGGCACCGAGGAACUAUCCGCCUCUAGGCUCUCAGCGUGCCUUCACUCUUCCGAACUCCAUUAGGCACUAUUACUCGGGGGACUACUCGUUCAGCGGCAUGGGCGACAAGACGCACAGCACUGACUUUUCUUCCGGCAAAUCAGAUAUAUCAACAGGCAGCAUCACGGACGUGGACCGGCGGGCACUGGUAUGUACAACAGCCCCGUACUACUCCCAGCGGCUUAGCAUGAAUGACGGGGGCAUCCUGCCGUCGUCGACGACGUACACCGGCGGUCUGGGCUCGGUGGCAGUGGGCCAGCAUCAUCAGCACGUGGGACAACACGUGCGACGCUCACUACCGGACAUGGGCGCGGCGCCCGCGGAGCCACCAAAACUCUACCCGUAUCACCUGCUCGUCAUCACUAAUUACAGACUACCGGCCGACGUGGAUCGUUGCAAUCUCGAGCGUCAUCUCUCGGAUGCCGAAUUCGAAGCUGUUCUCCACUGCACGCGGUCCGAGUUUUAUCGGAUGCCGCAGUGGCGUCGCAACGACAUCAAGAGGCGCGCUCGACUAUUCUAAGCACUGAGCCAAGAGCAGUUCGAGACAAGCAAGCAUAAUAAAAAAAAGAGCCCGAGACGGGGGUAACAAGAAGACGUUGUCGUCGUCGUCGUCGUCGCUGCCGUUAUACCGUUCACCGUUCUUAUAUCGGAUUCUGAUUUUUUAAUGUCCCAUGAUUGCACGUCUGCGUAUUAUUGCAUUAACUCGCGGCGCUUAUGUCAUAUUAGAAGAACGAACGAGUGACGAGAGUUGCAUUAGGACUCAUUUUAAUCAGACGUAUAACGCGUAAACGACGCAUAUAAGCCAUUUUUUGCAUGGGAUGAGUGUCGAUUGUACGAAGCGCAAUAUAGGAUCACUCAAAGAUUUCAAACUCCGAGCAUCGACUUUUAAUCUCUUCACACACGCGACGAUUUUUAUCCAUUUAUUAUACUAUACAAUUAUUAUUACUAUGAUUCUGUUUUUUUUUUCAAUUUUCCUCGAGAGCACGGUAUUGGAGUGUGCAAAUGAGAGAUGGAGAAUAUGAGAGAUGCGAGAGUGCAUGAGAUUCGCAUUGUUUGCAAAACAAAAUACUGUACAUAAGAAGUAAAAGAUUAUCGAAACACGGGAAGAAGUAAGAAGGGCGAGAAGAGAAAUAGAGGUGUAAGGGGUGGUAUACACACGUUGCAGCUAAAUAACGAAGGGUUCAAAGUACGCAAUGCGGUGCAAGCUUUACGCUAAAAGUAGAGAAGGAACAGGCUUACAUGGUUUAAAGAAUAUUAUGAAGCAAAAAAAAUGCGUAGUUUAACUUCGGUAUCAACUCGCUCGUCUUCUAUAAGAAUAGAAAGAAUACGCACCGCGCUGCUGUGCUCUGAUACAUAAGAAAAUAAAGUAUAUAUACGAAAAUCACGUACGCCUACGUGCCAGCAUUAAUGAAAGGAGAUGAAAAGUUACGAUAUAUUGAACUACUACUAUUCUAUAAUUUUAAUAUAAGAGAGCAAGAAACGAAGCGUAUAUUAUAUAUAAUAUGACGAAAAAAAGAGUAGCUAGAGUUCGCUGGAUUCUCGCGCUUACUUCGCCUUUCGCUAAACUGGAUAAGCAGUAAUCAAAACGAAUGAGCAGACAAUUUAAAACAAAUUUUAAAUAAAAAAAAACUGGAGGCAUGAACAAAUUUAAGCGAUACGCGAAGUACGCGAGAGAAUCGAUAGUCAAAUAAAGUAUGAAAGAGAAAAUUAAAAAUUGUAUUGACUAUGAGUACAGUAAACAAAAAACAGUGGCUCUUUUCGUACGUUUCAGUUUCAAGGUAUAUAUUUAAAAGUAAAAAAAAUACGGGCAUCCGAGCAAAAAAAACUUCAUGUGCCUAUACAAUUGUGUCCGCGGACAUUGAGUUCAGUUUUGUUACGUUCUCUCAGCUUGUAACUGCACAAAUGCUCGCAAAAAGGUUUCUGUUGUAUAAAGCACAUCGCUUCCGCUAGUCCAAUGAUAAUAAAAACAAAAUACACAAAAGAGAAACAA